CGUGUGUGUAUGUGUGUGUGUGUGUGUGUGUGUGUGUGUGUGUGUGUGUGUGCGCAUGAUGUGUGGACUGUCUCAGGUGUCAAUCAAAAUGUUCGCCAUUGGAAGAUUUAUGGUUUUUAUUGCAAGGCAGGCUUAGAGUAUUUAGACAUGUUUACUUUAUGGUUUUGUUAGAAAUCUGUAAAGAAAUAAUUUCUGCGGCCGGUUGGUACACAACUUUUGGGAGGAUUGUGUCAUCUACAUACCAUGCAGAUGUCGCGACCACCUCCACCUGUGAUGCCCCGAAAGUCCUCAGGCGUCCGAGUCAUGCCACUCCGAGGACACCAACUUCUCUCCAGCCAGCCCCCCAAAAGCACUGACUAUGGAAAUGAGGAAGAUGCCGACGAGGAUGCAAACCAUCCGUCCCAAUUUAAUGCAGAAAGAGAAGUGGAGAUUCUGAACCACUGUUUCGAUGACAUCGAGCGAUUCAUGGUGCGCUUGCAGCGUACGGCCGAGGCCCAGAGUAUUCUCAGCCAGAGGACGAAGAGAAGCAGGAAGAGCAAGACGAAGAGCCUAGAAGAUGACUUGUUGACCGUGAAAGCCAUUCCUCCGACAGAGGAGGAAUUUGUGUACCUGUUCCAGAAAUUCAAGUACUCCUUCAGUCUACUGGAUCGUCUCAAGUCGUCUAUAACAAAACCGGAUGCGCCAGAGCUGCUGCAUCAUGUCUUUUUGCCUCUGAACCUGAUCGUAAAAACUACAGGUGGGCCAGCUUUAGGCGGGUCAGUGAUCAGUCCUGCUCUGACCAAUGGGGCUGUUUCGCUACUGGAGGAGCAUCUGACUAAGGAAGAAAAAGAAUUAUGGACUGAAUUAGGACCCUUCUGGACGUCACCGUGUUCCCAGGUCAGCGUGUCUGUCCCUCCGUACUCACCUGUCUUCCUGGAUGGAUGGCAACCACAGGCGUUCGACUCGUCUGGUUUGCCUUUGGAAGAUCCUGUUGAGUCGCAGCACAAACAAGACGCUCAGCAGGGUCGAGAUCACACGAUGGGAGGCAUUUUUGAAGAAGCAGACGAAGUAGAAGGAGAAGGGCUUCCACCGGUGGGUGAAAGACAUUACUGCUGCAGUUACGACUUUGUUGCAAGAAACAGCAGUGAGCUUUCAGUGCUGCAUGGAGAAACACUGGCGGUCAUUGAGUCAUCAAAGAGGUGGUGGAAGUGCCGCAAUCGCUUUGGCCAGAUCGGAUUUGUUCCCUCCACCAUCUUGGAACCACUGUCUGCUCUGAAUAACAACUGUGAAGAAGACAAGCCAGUGAUGUCACCUGUUUCGCCUUGCUCGACAACGUUCACUCCGUAUCCCCCGCUGAGCCUGGUUGGAACGUCUCUGACUGCUACGAGUCCAACAACACAACUGCCCCAGGGCAUGGGUUUACCACGCAACACGUCACAAACAGAGAAUGGAGAUCGAGUCCUGAUAAUGAAUGACGAGCUUCUCCAAAAGAUGGCAGAAAAAAGAAGCUCCAUGCGACCCCCUCUUUUGGUGCCUCGCUCCGCGGAUACUUUUCUUCCCCUGAACUACCACUCCCCACCUGCUGAGGUGAAGGCCUGGCUCACUGCGAAGGGCUUCAGUCAGCCGACAGUCCAGAGCCUGGGCAUUUUAACCGCAGCGCAGCUUUUUUCCCUGAACAAGGAGGAACUCCGUCAGGUGUCCCAUGAGGAAGGUGUCAGGGUUUACAGCCAGAUUAUGGUGCAGAAGGCCCUUCUUGAGGAUGUGCGAAAAGCCUCAGAAUUGGAGAAAGUGAUGGAGAAGCAAAAGUUGAAGAUCGGCAUGACAGAGUGAGGCUGGGAAUUAAAUGGACUUUUUGCAUGCAGUGAAGUAACUGUAAAUGUGAACCAUUUAAUUACAUGUAUAGAAAUGUAUCUGAUGUGCAGCUAAUCUGACAAAUGGCUCACUUUGGAUUUUUAUACGAGUACAGUAAACCCUAGUUUAUUGCUGUUAUUUGGUUGCAGGUUUGACCAUAGUAAAUCAAUGUACUAUUGUACUAGUUUUGUGUUUUACUUUACUAUAAGUAGUUCCGUCAUCCUUUAUUCAAGCAACAUAUAUGACUGCUAAGUGUUUUGAUAGUGAUAUGAUACAGACUGAGCCACAAUAUAAACCCACAUAAACGUGCAUUCUGAAGAGGAGUCAGCUGCUGAAUUUUUAUUGAAAACUGAUGCUUGCAUUUUCAAAGCUAAUAAAGUUAAUGAACUGUU